GGAGGGCAGUGUCAAUCGUUAGCAUUUGGUAGCGUAGUGGUUUCGUUGAGACACCUACAUUACAUUCGUAUAAUAUGAUUCAGUUUCGCUAGCACUUUUACGGGGUGAGAUUUGCAAAGUGUGUCUGAACAUCUCGAAAAGUGCGUCGCACGUAAGUGCGAAGCGUGAUAUGAAAUAGUGAAUUGGAUCGUGAUUCAAAUGGACAGGCGAUACUAACUACACGUCAUGGAAUUGUGAAAGGAAUCGAGAACGUAUAAGAAGGUGGCAGGAAGUGGGAAAAGGGCCAGGGAUACAACGCUCACGCCCGGUUGUCACGACGCCAUGUUUCCCCGAAGUAGUCUACCGAUGUCGAGUAUCCCUUUGAUGAUACUCUGUUUUUUCGUACUAUUCGUUGCCGGCCUUGAUGAAUCCGCUGUUGAAAGCAUAGAAACCACUGAGUCAAAAAAUGAAAAUCCAGCAGUAUUAGAAAUUACAGCAUCUCAAGAUUUAGAAGGUAUAGAGGCUGGUAGUACACCAUCAUUAAUAUGUAAACUCAGUGUUCCUGGCCAAAUAUGGUGGACUAGCAAUGGAAAGAAUCUCACUACUAUUAAAGAUUUUGAUUCGGGAGGACGUUUGGAUAUUAAACAAGCUAGUAGAAAUGAUACAGGAGACUACAAGUGUAUAGCACAAACUGUAGAAGGGGAAAUAUUGGAAAAGGAUGUUCAUAUUAGAGUUAUUGAACCAGGUAGAAUAACAGCUGGAGAAGAUAUUAGGAUAAAAGUUAUGGAAUCUGCUAAUUUAACAUGUCAUAUGCAUGGUUAUCCAUUAUCUCAAUUUUCUUGGUUAAGGAAUGAUUCUGAAAAUUCAGAUCACUGGAAAGAUUUCACUACUAUCACACAAAUAAAUGAAACUCUCACUGUACUCACUUUAGAAUUUACGAGUUUAACACGUAAAGAUAACGGAACGUAUAUUUGUAAAGCACGUGAUUACAACGGUGAAAUUAGCGCUUAUAGACAUCUUUUUGUAAUUGAUGUACCAAAAGUAAGCAUUGACUUCAUGAAAGCUGUUGGUGCUGGAAGUAUAUUUUUAAAUUGGACUGUAAAUGAUGGUAAUGAGCCUAUUAAAAAAUAUUUUAUCCAACAUAUGAAGAAUGGAACUAAUCAAUAUCAAUAUUAUUCUGAACAAAUUGGCGGCGGUAAUUCAAGCUAUGUUUUAAAAGGUUUUGAAAGUGGUACAGCAUAUCAGAUUGGUAUUAGUGCCACAAAUAACGUGGGUACAUCACAUGUACGAUUUGAUCCACGUUGGAUUACUACUCUUGAAAAAGAUCCUAUAUUUGUACCAAAAGUUUCUGUUAAUGGAGUUACUGAAAAUUCUAUUACAAUAGCAUGGACAGUGCCACCAUUGGAUUUAAAAGAACAUGUUCAUUAUUAUAAUUUAAUGAUUACUCAUGGAGAUCAAAAAAGAGAAGCGGUAUAUCCCGCGCAACCAUUUGCCGUAUACGCAUUUGUCGAUCUCGAUCCCGCUACAAAGUAUAAAUUUAAAAUUGCCGCGUGUAGCGAAUAUACAAAGGAAUGUGGAAAUUGGAGCACCGAAGUAAAUGGCACUACUUUAGAUGGAGUGGCUAGUCCUCCUCAGAAUUUGUCUGUUAAUUGUCGAUUUGAUAAUAUAAGUAGUUCCAGUUUUAUUUCCAUUUCAUGGGCUCAUCCAGAAAAACCUAAUGGUGUUAUUACUCGUUAUAACAUACAAUUAACUGGCAUUGCUAGAUUUAGAAAUGACAUGGGUCGUUUAGAUAUUGAUACUUGGGGACCACAGACUUGGAGUGUUUAUAAAAAAAAUAGUACACAUUUUAAUCAAAUACCACCCAAUACUAAUUAUACUGUCCGUGUUAACGGUGUAACUAGAUCUCGAACACCAGGAAAGGAUGCUGUUGGUAAUUGUACUACGCCAAUUACAAUACCAGAUAGAGAUAGUUUAAAUAUGCGAUCGUGGCGAAAAAUCGAGAACCAGGGUAAACAGUUGUUUAAAUUGUAUCUUCCUCGUAUCACAGAACGAAACGGUCCUAUAUGUUGCUAUCGAGUUUAUCUAGUAAAAUUAGCACCACAAAAGAGUGUUACUGAUUUACCACCACCCGAGGAAAUUAAUGUAUAUUCAUAUCAAUAUGCUCAUAAUUCACCUUCUGGUGGUGCUUAUAUUGCCGAAAUAUUUGAUAGUGAUCGAUUGAUAUCGGAAAUUUUCCUUGGCGAUGGUGAAUCAUUCAAUGAUAGUAAUAUGUGCAACAAAUGUAUUGGACUUCGUCCAAAAGCUGCUCCACCUGUACAUUUUGUUCCUGAAGUUUCAAUAACCACAUCAACAUUUAAUACAACACCUGUUAUUACUACAACAUCAUUAACAUCGACUACAACUCCCAUUCCAACAACAUCCACUGUUACUACUCAAAGGAUAGAAACAACCAUUACAAAUCUAAUAGAUAAUAAUCAUACAGAAUCUGUAGAAAGAAAAAAAAGAGAAAAUAUGGCUAUCCAGAAAACGAAAAGCGAAGAUGGAUCUUUUGAACAAUUACUUAGCGCACAAGAUGGUUUCUUAGAUGAAAAAUCAAAUUAUACGGGUUUCAUCGAAGUUAUUGUGCUUGGAAACCAAGAUCAGCUUUUGCCUGCUUAUAGUAACUAUUUUAAUCUUCUCUAUGGAGGAUUGGAUCCCGUGACUAUGAUAUCAACGGAAGUGACCACACUCAGUGUAAUUCUACAACUUUCUAUUGCUCUUAUACUAAUUAUCAUCAUUCUUCUUAUUGCACUUUGUGUAUUACAUAGAUACACAAAGCGUGCUCAACAAAGAGGAGAAGAAAUUAUAACUCUGAGAAAUAGUUUCAGGCAUUUAUGCAGAAGUCUUAGAGGAAGGCAUCAAUUGGUAGCAGCAAGUCCUCCAGAUAUGCCUCCUAUUCCUAAAAGUGAAUUGCUUCAAGCAUAUCUUGAACGACACCGAGAUUCUGAUUAUGGUUUCCAACACGAAUUCGAAUUAUUACCAGAUAGAUUUACAGAUCGUACAACAAGAGCUUCAGAAGCACGCGAAAAUUUAUAUAAAAAUCGUUAUCCUGAUAUAAAAUGCUACGAUCAGACUAGAGUAAGACUUGCGCAAAUGGAUGGAAUUUGUGGUUCCGAUUAUAUAAACGCAAAUUUUGUAUUAGGAUACAAAGAACGCAAGAAAUUUAUAUGUGCUCAAGGUCCAAUGGAAAAUACUGUUUGCGAUUAUUGGAGAAUGAUUUGGGAACAACAUCUUGAGCUGAUACUGAUGUUAACAAAUCUCGAAGAGUAUUCGAAAACAAAAUGUGCAAAAUAUUGGCCGGACAAAGGUGAAACCAAAAAUUUUGGCGAUAUUACUGUUGAACAUGUUCGAGAAAGAGCUUACUCGGAUUAUGUUGUUCGUGAAUUAAAAAUGACACGAUUAGGAGAACGAGAUGCACGCACUAUUAUUCAGUAUCAUUUCUUAGUUUGGAAAGAUUUCAUGGCGCCAGAACAUCCUCACGCAAUUCUCAGAUUCAUUAAAAGAGUUAAUGAAGCUUAUUCGUUGGAAAAAGGUCCAAUAUUGGUACAUUGUAGUGCAGGUGUCGGACGAACAGGAACAUUAGUCGCAUUAGAUUCUUUAUUGCAACAACUUGCAGAAGAGGGUCAAGUUUCGAUUUUCAAUACAGUAUGUGAUUUAAGACAUCAGAAUUUUUUAGUACAAUCAUUGAAACAAUAUAUUUUCAUUUAUCGCGCAUUAAUGGAAAUGGCACAAUAUGGUGAUACAGAAAUUCCAGCAUCUCAGCUUAAAAAUAAUGUUGCAAAAUUAAGACAAAGAGAUAAUGGUAAAGAAAAGUGUAGAAUGGAAGAAGAAUAUGAUAAAAUCAACUCUGUAUUAGAAGACAGGAAAUCAUUUUCCGUUGGUGGAGGAGAAGAAAAUAAAAGCAAAAACAGAAGUGAACUAAUAAUACCAUAUGACAGAAAUCGAGUAAUUCUUACACCCGUUCCGGGUAGAGAACAUUCAACAUAUAUAAAUGCAUCUUUUAUUGAAGGCUAUGACAAUUCCGAAUCGUUUGUCAUUACUCAAGAUCCAUUGGAUACUACAAUAGCAGAUUUUUGGCGAAUGAUUUCAGAACAGUGUAUCUCUACGAUAGUAAUGUUAUCCGAUUUAAAUGAAGGUCCAAGAAAAUGUCCACGUUAUUGGCCUGAUGAAGAAACUGCAUAUGACCAUAUAAGAGUUAGAUAUAUUCAAAGUGAGAGCUGUCCGUAUUACACUCGCCGUGAAUUCUGUGUUUCUAAUACAAAAACGGAUGAAAGUGUUGUUGUAACACAAUAUCAAUAUCAUGGGUGGCCAACAGUAGAAGGAGAAGUACCUGAAGUAACUCGUGGUCUCAUUGAACUCGUAAACCAAACGCUUACAAACGAUACAGAAUCAAGCGGCUCGCUAGUUGUGCAUUGCAGCUAUGGAUCUGAUAGGAGUUCUAUGUUCGUCGCUCUUAGUAUAUUGGUCCAACAAUUGAGAACUGAAAAACGCGUAGAUAUAUUUACAACAACAAAGAAGUUACGUUCACAAAGACAUGGCAUGAUUAGCACUUUUGCACAAUACGAAUUUUUACAUCGUGCUAUUGUGAAUUAUUCAGAUCUUCAUAAUUUAGCCGAUGAUGAACCAACUUCUUAAUAUUGCGGAAUAAAAUAUUGAAAUGUCUCAAUAAUGUUUGGUGAAUAUGUGCGUAAAAACAACGUACAAAAAGUGUUUGGAGAUGUAUUCGAAUGCUCAAAAACCUAUAUUGGGCCAACCAAAGAGAUUACUAAUAUAUUGGUGAAAUAAAUACAUCAUGAAAUUAGACUGAAAUACAUGUGUAUAAGCAAUUAUCGAUCUUUGAAUUUUCAUGUUUUAUACACAAACUAUCGAAGAGAAUUAUGUGUAUACAUUUAUUUAUAUCACAAGAAAUAAACAGUAAACAUUUCAUAUUGACAAAUUCAUAGGAUUAAACUAAACAUACGAUUGAUUUGAUAUAUAAAUGAAUUUAACCAAUUAUUGGUUAAUUGUUAUAAAGUGCAGUACAAUGAAGACAUUCGUGAUAUCAUGGUCUCAACAACAUUGUGAAUCUAUCUCAAUGACUUAUUUUUAUUGAUAAAAUUGAAAAAAAAAAAACAC